AUGGCAAAAAUACUUGUUACUGGUGGAACUGGUGUGUUAGGACGAGCUUUAUCUAAUAUAUUUCUGGCAAAUAAAACAGAUUUUCUCAUCACUAGCCGUAAUCAAAAAAACAUCAUUAAUGAAAAUGAUGGUAUGAAUUCUAAUUCAAAAUCGAAAUGGCUCUAUAUGGACUUAUCGAAAAACAAAGGAAUAAAUAAAGUUUUCAAUAAUAAUAUAGACACAAUAUUACAUCUUGCAAGUAUGCCUAUGCAAAAUAUUCAAGGUCAACCUGCCGAUGUAAUUUUAACAAAGAAUUUAUUAGACUCUAUUCCAAAACAAAAUAUUAAACAUCUUAUUUAUAUAUCAAUUGUAGGAAUUGAUAAAAUUCCCUUCACAUAUUAUAGAGGAAAACUAGAAUGCGAACGAUUAAUUAAAGCAAGCGGUAUUCCGUAUAGUAUACUGAGAGCUACACAGUUUCAUGGUUUCGUAGAAGAUUUCGCAGUCAAACUCCUAAAAUUUCCAAUAUGUAUGGUUCCAAAAUCAAUUAAGGUGCAACCUGUUCAAGUAGAAGCAGUAGCUAUGGAACUGAAUAAAAUUUUAGGACAGUCGCCGUUAAAUAGUACAUAUGAGAUUGGUGGGAAAAAAAUAUAUGAAAUGAAAGAAAUAGUGGAUUCAUUAUUGAAUGUACGUCAAGAAAAAAAACUGAUGAUUCCUAUACCAAUAAUGGGUAAGAUGCUCAAAGCGUAUGCUAAAGGUUAUGGUACUUGUAAUAAUAUUGCAUUGAACUCUAAUACAUGGGAAGAAUAUUUAGCCAGCAAAUAUCCUAAAUAA